AGCCCAAUUAAUAUCGCAAGGCCCAUUAAAGCCCACAUUUGAGGAAUCCAAUUUCCGACCAGAACCUGAAAAUCUUUUCCAAAUUCCCUCGCGUUCCCAAUGCGGGAUUGACAUUGACAGUCGCCUCAGUGCACUCGACUUCGAUUCUACUUCUCGCAUUCUUGAUUCUGCUUCUCGUUGUAUUUCUCCAACAAUUUUCCACAAUUGGUGCUGAUUCGAGCAGAAUUGGUGGAGAAGAAGAGAAGUGAGCAAUGGCGAGUCAAAGUGAACUCGGCUUCGGAAAGAAACCGGAAGUGGCGGAAAUACCGAAUAGCUUCGGCCGCGAACUUAGGGCUUGCCUUCGAUGUCGCCUCGUGAAGACUCUCGACCAGUUUCGGAUUUCGGGGUGCGAGAAUUGCUCUGUCUUGAAUAUGAAGGAUGACGAUGAACGUGUUGCCGAGGCUACGACCAUCAAUUUCGCAGGGGAUUGGAGUAACACCCUACAUUACUUAACAAAUAGGGGGGAUUUGGGGGUAGGUUGGAGCCCCUCCCCCCAUUUUUUGCCCAUACGCAGUGGGUUGGAUGGAGUUGGUCGAAACACUUCUUUUGGACAUGGCCGUGUUGUUUUCCUAACAUGGCCGUUUACCAGUUAUAAAAUGGUUAUCACGGUGAUGGAUCCAUCGAGGACUUGGGCUGCUCGUUGGCUCCGAAUCGGUAAGUUUGUUCCGGGAUGCUACACUCUUUCAGUCUCGGAGGUGCUUCCUCGCCACUUGCAGGACAUCUGUGAAGAAGAAGGGGUGCCGUACAUUCCACCAAGAUCCGACGAUUAAGAAUCGACAUAUUUGCCUGGUGUGUAUGUUCAUUGAUGAUUGGUUGGUGUAAAUGUAGUUAAGUAAAUUGUAUUGGAAUUCUAUUACAUCCAGUAAGGAUAUAUUGUAGUUAUGGGGAGCCUCCAUUUUUGCAGAUCUAAAAGCUUUGGCUUUGAACACACAUGUGUUUGGUCUGUCUAGAUUUUAGACUUAUGGGUUUGGAGGCUUCCUUCAAUCAUGUUGGUGUUUUAUUUAUCAAAAUUUUACGUUUUUUAUGAAUAUCUUAAACACU